AUGUCAGCCCCAGUGCAAAUCGCGAUCCUGAUCGGAUCCACCAGGCCAAAUCGUAUCGGACCACAUGUUUCUGAUUGGCUUUUAAACCUUCUCAACUCCGAGGGCGUUUUACACAAUGCUCAAUUCUCCAUUGUUGAUCCUGCCCAAUUCGCGCUCCCGAGCUUCAACGAGCCUGUGACGCCUCUAUUAGUGAAAGACUUCAAUGAAUUCGCAAACCCCACGACCAAAACCUGGAACCACGAGAUGGCCAAGUAUGACGCGUAUAUCAUCGUUUCUCCCGAAUACCACCAAGGAAUUCCUGGAGCGCUGAAGAACGCAAUCGACUUCGUGUACCACGCGUGGUCCGGCAAGCCUGUGAUGAUCUUGACGUAUGGAAUUUUCGGUGGUAUCCAAGCAAGUCAGCAGUUGCACCAGGUUCUGGGGUCCGGAAUUGGCAUGAAAAUCGCGAGUAUUGCUCCAAAACUCGAAUUCCCGGGACGUGACGAGCUCAGGAACAACGCCAGUCCGGCUCUGUUCCAAGCGAUGGGUGGUAGAGUCGCGGAUGGCACUUUUCAAACUUGGGAGGAGAAAAAGAGAAAGGAUAUCGUAGACGGGUGCAAGGAAUUGUUGGAACUGGCAAAGCCAGUAUAA